AUUGGCCCGUGGCCUCACGUGAGCCGACCGUGCCUCCUCAGUGUCACCUUGGCCCGGGCUGCUUCAGGUGGACUGUCCGGCCCACAGGCAGGCAGGCACAAAGACAGGAAGGGAGCCGGCAAUCGGAAUCGGAGCGGCCCAACCAUGACGUCUCCGAAGAGCAAGACGUCUCCGAAGGCCAUCAAGUUCCUCUUCGGAGGCUUGGCCGGGAUGGGCGCCACGGUGUUCGUGCAGCCCCUGGACCUCGUGAAGAACCGCAUGCAGCUGAGCGGUCAGGGCACGAAGGCUCGCGAGUACAAGACCAGCUUCCACGCGCUCGCCUCCAUCUUGAAGAACGAGGGCAUCAGCGGCGUCUACACCGGUCUGUCUGCAGGUCUGCUGCGCCAGGCCACGUACACCACCACCCGUCUAGGCAUCUAUACCAUCUUGUUCGAGAAGAUGACGUCGGCCGACGGACGCCCGCCAAACUUCUUCCUCAAGGCGCUGAUCGGGAUGACGGCCGGAGCCACCGGAGCCUUCGUCGGCACGCCGGCCGAGGUGGCGCUCAUCCGCAUGACGGCGGACGGGCGACUUCCUGCGGACCAGCGACGAGGAUACACCAAUGUCUUCAACGCCCUGGCCCGAAUCACGCGGGAAGAGGGCGUCGCCACCCUGUGGAGGGGUUGCAUUCCCACCAUGGCGCGGGCGGUGGUGGUCAACGCUGCCCAACUGGCAUCUUAUUCGCAGUCCAAACAGGCACUGCUAGACUCUGGCUACUUCGGUGACGACAUCCUGUGUCAUUUCUGCGCCAGUAUGAUCAGCGGCCUGGUGACCACGGCGGCGUCCAUGCCCGUCGACAUCGUCAAGACCAGGAUUCAGAACAUGAGGAUGAUCGACGGCAAACCCGAGUACAAGAACGGCCUGGAGGUGCUGGUGCGCGUGGUGGGCAAGGAGGGCUUUUUCUCGCUGUGGAAAGGCUUCACGCCGUACUACGCUCGCCUCGGACCGCACACCGUGCUCACCUUCAUCUUCCUGGAGCAGAUGAACCGCCUGUACAAGACCUACGUGCUGGACCGCUAACACAUGCGCGCACACACACACGCUCACACACGCACGGAGAGAGAGCAAUGCACUCACACGCAUAGGUGUUAUAAUUUAAUUCUUUUUGUAAAAAGAAUGUAACAAGUGGGUAUUUCGAUCAUGGGUUAGACAACAACAACAGGCGUAACCAUGGUUACAGAUACUGAUCAUGACGAGGGUCUAUUAAAAACAUUGGGACAACU